AUGACCAUGAUGGACAAGAAGAGACAAAGUAGAGGUAGAGACGCAAGCAAGAUGACUGACUUGCAUGUGAGAGCCAUUUGUAGUCCCAUGGAUGCAGAAUGCACAUCAAGAUUGGACAUUGUACCAGAUAUCCGUGGCUACAGCAUCAAGAAAGUUAAUGCAAUUGUCACUUACAAUGGACCUAAUCACCUGAUCAAAAAGGACGUCCCUUGUGACACAGAUCUGACUUGUAUAAUGACCUACCCGGAUAACAUUGGUGGCCUGAAGACUGGGUUGACAGAGCCGGUUCCUGAUCCUGAAGAUAAGGAGCCAUUCUUGGUAUAUGACAUCCGAAAAGAAAGACCAGAUCCCGAUGCCAAGAAGAAAACCAAGAAUCCCAACUACAAGGGAAUGUGGAAGGCACCAAUGACUGACCAGGUAAACCGUGGAACCUUGUUCGACAAUGUCUUGAUCUAUGACGAUCCUGAGUAUGCCAAGACGGUUGCUGAAGAAACAUGGGGCAAGAACAAGGACGGAUGUGGUUUUGCUCUUUUUGAUUUUUACUUAUGGAAACAGUACGAGUAUGGGCUAUUUUUAGUGUUUAAUUUUCCUUUGCAGGCUGAGAAUAAAAGAGAGGAAGAGGCAACAUAA